AUGAGGCUGCGGCCGUACUUUGUGAAACCAUCAAGAACAUGGGAGGAAGGCUGUGAGGGCGACGAGAUUUCAGUGCCAAACGUGACUGCCGAAAUCCUAGGCAAGGUGAUGGAGUGGUGCAAAAAGCAUGCAAAGGGUAAAGAGACUAAAGAGGAACUCAAAGAGUGGGACGCUGAGUUUCUUAAUGUUGAUCAAGCAGUUUUGUACCAUAUCUUCAUCGCCGCGGACUAUCUAUACAACAAGGAAUUGGUGGCUCAAGUAUCUCAAAAGGUUGCAGAUAUGAUCAGGGGAAAGAGAAUUGACGAGAUUCGUGAAGUGUUCAAGCUCAAGAAUGAUAUGCCACCGGAGCUCGUAAAAGAAGUAAUUGAUGGCAACCCUUCGAUAGAUUUUAUGUAAUGAUUUUAUGUUCAGGCCGGAAAGAAAAAAGAGUUUUGUUUGUUUAGGGCUUCUUUCAUGUAUUUUUUUUUUCUUUCUUCUUUAUCGUUCUUUGUUUUGAGUAAUGCUA